GUAAGAACCUUUCCUUUUCGUUUUCGUUCUCAGAGAAAUUAAUUAAAAAAAAGUCGCGAUCUUUUGUUGGAUACGAUCCACCUCGAAGCGCACCGUGCCUCUGUUUCUCCGUUUGAGACAACGUCUUCCCUGAAUCAACUUGAUCUGUGGAGAUUUUGAUUAUUGCUUUCACUGUUUCUUGAAAAAAUAAUGGAGUGGAGGGGACUCCUCUGCUCUCUCUUCUUUAUCCUCUCCAUGGGAGAGUCCUCCUCUAGUAGAAGAUUCCGGUCAAUGUGGCUUCCUAACAACAGCCUCCUUGUUGAUGAGACUACCUUCUUCACUUGGCCUAUCUUGAGUGCCAGUGUUUUCGUUCUUGUUGCCCUCCUCCUCCCUAUGUAUCUCAUCUUCCAACACCUUGCUUCUUAUAAUCAGCCUGAGGAACAGAAAUUUCUUAUUGGUCUUAUUCUCAUGGUCCCUGUUUAUGCCCUCGAAUCGUUUUUGUCUUUGUUGAAUUCAGAAGCGGCUUUCAACUGCGAGGUUAUUCGUGAUUGUUAUGAAGCUUUUGCGCUCUACUGCUUUGAGAGAUAUUUGAUUGCUUGCCUUGAUGGAGAAGAACGUACGAUUGAAUUCAUGGAACAGCAAACAGUUAUCACCCAGAGCACCCCUCUUCUUGAAGGCACAUGUACUUACGGAGUUGUGGAGCAUCCUUUUCCAAUGAACUGCUUCUUAAAAGAUUGGAAUCUUGGUCCUCAGUUUUAUCACGCUGUGAAAAUUGGCAUCGUUCAAUAUAUGAUACUGAAAUUGAUCUGUGCUCUAUUAGCAAUGAUCCUUGAAGCGUGUGGAGUUUAUGGAGAAGGAAAGUUCCAAUGGAAUUACGGAUAUCCAUAUCUGGCUGUAGUGCUGAACUUCAGCCAAACAUGGGCGUUGUAUUGCCUUGUACAGUUCUACGGCGUCAUCAAAGAUAAGCUAGCACCCAUCAAACCACUGGCCAAGUUCUUAACAUUCAAGUCUAUUGUAUUCCUCACCUGGUGGCAAGGUAUUAUCGUUGCCUUCCUCUUCUCCAUGGGACUUUUCAAAGGGUCCUUGGCUAAAGAACUAAAAACGAGAAUACAAGACUACAUCAUCUGUAUUGAGAUGGGUGUUGCUGCUGUGGUUCAUCUCUAUGUCUUUCCAGCUGCGCCUUACAAGCGUGGGGAAAGAUGUGUGCGUAACGUAGCAGUGAUGUCAGAUUACGCCUCUAUAGACACACCUCCCGAUCCAGAAGAGGUUAAAGACAGCGAAAGAACAACUAGGAUGCGGUACGGUAGGCAUGAUGAGGCGGAGAAACGCUUGAGUUUCCCACAGAGUGUGCGUGAUGUGGUGAUGGGGAGUAGUGAAAUCAUUGCGGAUGACAUGAGGUUCACUGUUUCACACGUGGUGGAGCCUGUUGAAAGAGGAAUAGCUAAAGUGAACAGAACAUUCCAUCAGAUAUCUGAAAACGUGAAAAGAUUUGAGCAGAAGAAGAAGAGAACAAAGGAUGAUUCUUAUGUGAUUCCAAUGAGUACAUGGACGAAAGAGUUCUCAGAGGUUCAUGAUAACCUUUAUGAAGGAGGGAGUGUGAGUGACAGCGGUUUAGGAAGCAGAAAGAGACAUCACCAAUCUAGAGUCUCUGGAUUGUGGAGUAGAAUGCGAAGUUAACAGCUACACUGAGAGAAGUUAUAGAUUUUCAUGAGAUGAUGCUAAUCUUCUUGGUUUACACACAGAGGUAACAGCAGUGUUGCUACUAACUUGUUUUCUCAACUCUUUAUACAACUUUAUCAAAGAAGUUAACAUCUGUAUUUCAUAAUAUGACCAAUCCUUACACAAGAAUAAUAAUUAAAAAAAAAAGUGUCAUGAUUAAA